UCCCGCCGCCCCGGGAGGAAGUGACAUGGCGGCGGCGGGGAGGGAAGGCGAGGGGCGCCCUGUUCUUCCCGGAGCCGCCCGGCGGGUGGAGCCUGGCGGCCCCGCCCGAGCCGGCCGCCUCCCGGCGCGUGCAAACUAGUGGCAGUUGGUGCGGCUCGGCAGCCGCCCCGCCGCCCGCCCGCUCCCGGCGCCUCAGCGCGGCACGCAUGCCAAGGCCCGGCGGCGCCAGGUUGUCUUCUGAAUUUUGGGUCUGAAGGUACCCUCUUGCUUUCUCAGCAAAUCAUGGACAUCGUUGGCUUUCUGAAGUCUCAAUUCAUUUGCCACCUUCUGAUCUGCUACAUAUUUAUAGUGUCAGGACUGAUCAUUAACUUCAUUCAACUCCUUACACUUAUACUUUGGCCAAUCAACAAGCAACUGUUCAGGAGGAUCAACUGCAGGCUGGCUUACUGCAUUUCAAGCCAGAUGGUGAUGUUGCUGGAAUGGUGGUCAGGCACCGAUUGCACCCUCUACACUGACCCAGAGAGUUACCACAAGUAUGGGAAGGAGAAUGCCAUCGUAAUCCUUAAUCACAACUUUGAAAUCGACUUUCUCUGUGGUUGGAACUUUUGUGAAAGAUUUGGGGUCUUGGGGAGUUCCAAAGUGCUUGCAAAGAAGGAGCUCUCCUACAUGCCUAUCAUUGGCUGGAUGUGGUAUUUCCUAGAGAUAGUCUUCUGCAAGCGUAAGUGGGAGGAAGAUCGGAAAACAGUCAUGCAGAAGUUGCUGAAUCUCCGGGACUACCCUGAAAACUUUUGGUUCCUGAUUCAUUGCGAGGGCACAAGGUUCACAGAACAAAAGCACGAGAUUAGUAUGCAGGUAGCUGAAGCCAAAGGUCUGCCCAAGCUGAAGUAUCACCUACUGCCACGAACAAAAGGAUUUGCUGUCACCGUGCAGUGUUUGAGAAAUGUAGUUUCUGCAGUCUAUGAUUCUACCCUCAAUUUUAGAAAUAAUGAGAAUCCAACAUUGCUGGGAGUUCUAAAUGGAAAGAAAUAUCAUGCAGAUUUAUAUGUAAGGCGGAUUCCGCUAGAGGAAGUCCCAGAAGAUGAGCAGGAAUGUUCUAACUGGCUCCACAAACUGUAUCAAGAAAAGGAUGCAUUCCAGGAGGAAUACUACCGAACAGGAACCUACCCAGCAGUCCCUAUAGUACCACCCCGACGACCAUGGACGCUUUUGAACUGGCUUUUCUGGGCCUUAUUGCUGCUAUAUCCUUUAUUCAAGCUGCUCAUCAACAUGAUCAACAGUGGAUCAUCACUGACACUGGCUAGUUUUGCAUUUGUCAUUGUAAUGGCGUCUGUUGGUGUCAGAUGGAUGAUAGGCGUUACAGAAAUUAAUAAGGGCUCCACCUAUGGCAACAAUGACAACAAGCAGAAACAAGAGUAGUGUCUUCAGAGACUGCUUCAAUCCAAAGGGAACAAAUGCAACUUCUGAAAACUCAAGUGCAUAUCAUGGUCCUUCAAGUGAGAUCGAAGGGAGCAUAGGAUGAGCAAUUGCCACACAUAUCUGAAUUUGUGCUCCUGUUAUUUUUCUCUGGGGGUUUGGGCUGGAUGACACACUUGAAAGAUGCACUCCUUCGUACACUCUCCACAACAGGUUUGCAUUUGUUUGUUUGGUUUGUUUUCCUAUAAAGUGUCUUAAGUUUUGAAGAAAAAAAAAUAAAUUCCACUAUGCUUGUAUGAUGAGACUCUACCUGGAAACUAACUGGAGGUGCAGCCUUUAUCUUUCUUAACUUGCUCUAAGGAAUGGAUUAAUGUCAGAAGAUUGUUACAAGAUGAUUAAAAUUGAUAGUUGUGUAGAUCACUUGUUAACAGUUUAACAACCAUAAUCUGUCAAUGUUUAAAUACGGUAAGAUGCUCUGCUUGGUUAUACCAGCCAGUAUUGGACUGAAGCAGCUCUACUGAACUGGCAGAACUGCAGUAGAGUUUUUCUACAUCUGUAACUUAUUCCCACAGUGUGCACCACAUGGGCCCCCUGAAACUUCAGCCAGCCCCCAGCUAAGGGCCCACUUGGUUAGAUCAGAGCCUUGCAGUGGCAUAACCUGGAGUGGAAUUUGGCCUUGCAGCCUGAACAGAGCUAUGUUACCCACUGCCAUGUUUGUCCCCAGGCGAUGCAUCAGAAGGAUAGCCAAAACCUGUAAUUCUUUGAGAGUAAAUGCCAUUUAUAGUUUGGAAAAACUGAGGUAACAGAAUUCCUUUCAGCUUUAAACACUGAUUAAAGUUCUAACUUUAAAAAGCCUUCCUAACAAUGGUGGAAGCAAAACAACUGGGUAUGCUGUAACUAAGUAAUGCAAAGCAUGCAUUAAAAGUUAUGCCCCACACCCAUACUGUUGUGAUCCCAAUUAAAGCUGCUUGUCUGUCUUUUCUGAUAAAUUAAUUUACAUGGUGCCUCGUAACAGUCAGCCUGAGGUAAUAGUUAAAUUAUCUUUUGCUUUUCUUUUGGGGGAAAAAGGGGAAGUAGGAGAGAGUAGUGGUAUGGCUUCAGAGUUUUUUAUGGCUGUCUGGACUUGCUUUGACACCCUUCUGAAUUAAAUAAAACUAGAAUCAAGCUCCUUGGGAAAACAGUGUUGUUCUGACAUCCCUGCUACUGAUUCCAGGGCAGCCUCCUCUUGUUUUUAAACUUCAAGGGUUAAGGAAGUAAGUUACCAAACAGAGCUUGUUUAAACAGAGAAAAAUGGAGAAGAGACUUCCAACUACCAGCAAUUAUGAUUGAAAAAACCCCAAUCUUUUCAAAUCUAAAGAUACUGAUGCUGAGCAGUGGGGAUUAUGAUUGGCACUUUCAGUGAUGGUACAUUUUCAUUGCACAUGGGACUAAACCAUGAUAGUCUGCGAAUGAAGAGCCUGUGUGUCUCUAGAGAAGAAAGUGAGCAGUCUUAGUUCUAGCAGCUGGAAUAAAAAAAACCACAUUUCUCUUUUCCUGUAACAAAACUGAGGCCAGAAGAAACAAAAUAUGACAAAAUACGAAUCACUCCAUGAAAUAUGCAUUUGCUGUUCAGUACAUCAGAUCAUCUAGAAACUAGUCUUUUUAAUAUGCAGCACCUAAAGAGCAGGUGGAGUAGUGCUUUUCGAGAGUGGAAGCAGUAAAACGUACACUGUGAAGGCAGGAACAGGCCUUGGGAAGUGUCAGGGACUAGUCUGGGGGGGCUCUUUUCCCCACCUGCAUUCCCUGUGCUCUGAAGGUUUCUGGAAUAGGUUGUAUGAUGUCAUGACAUCAUGGGCUUUAAUGUAAUUUUCCCAACACAUGAAAUAGAGCCUCAGACCAGAAAAUAUUGCCGUGCUUAGAAAGCUAUUCUUUUAAUAAAGCUUAUGUCCUGCACUCUAUUUGCUAAAACAAUAUUAACAGUGGAAAACUGAAUAUUACAACCUGUAGUAGUGUCUGAAGGUCCAGCUAUCCUGUAGUAAUGCAUCAGGCAUGUUAAUAAGCCAGACUUGGAGACCCUGUACACAAGACUGAAAAUGGUGGGAUGGGGGUGGGAAAGAGAAAAGAUCUCUCCAAGCACAUUACUGUAAGCCUUACCUGCCAGAUCCAGCGGGCUUUUCUCAGGGUGGUAGAACAAACCCUCUGUGCAGGAGCAAGUAGUUAUGAGCGGCAAAUACGUAUUCCUGUAGUGCUAGAGACUAGCUUUUUUGCCUUUUUAAAGAGCCACUGAUAGAACAUGCUGGUAGGGAGACACUUAACAUUCCUUAUGAAUCUUAGUCCUAUCCUCUCCAACUGCAUGCAGCGUCACUUCUCCCAGAGGAAAACACCAAACAUAUACGUACUUUGGAAAGAGCAUUUAGACUAUUUCAUACCCAUUUCCCUGGGACCAGCCCUUAGAACAGGCAGAGGGCCAAACACACCACACCUGGAUCCGUCCUCCUAAGCACUUCUAGAAGUCCCAGCACACAAGGACCGCACCACUGGGCCCUUCCAGCAUUCCCUGGCAAACAGAGAAAGCUUAAAGGUACUUGCCAAAGUUACACUAGUCCAGUUCACUGUAUUAAAAGAAUGACAUACAUCAUUACAGAGCAGCGUUUGCCCCUCGUCCCCACAAGCAACUGUAUGUUCUACAACUGCCUUAACAAAAGUAGUCUUAACGUUUGUUUAUACAAAAAUAAAAGUAUAAAAAGCUGA